GUUCCCCGUUUCGGGGGGUCUGUAGCGGGCCUGGCCCCGGCCCUCCCCGUUGCCCCGCCGGGACCGGGCAGCGACCGCCGCCUCUCACCCGCCGCGCUGGGCCGCAGCGGCGGUUCUCCCCGUGGCUCGUUCGAACAGCAGCAGCACCGGCCGCUUCUGCCCUGGCGGGGCCCCGUGCUGGGCGGCCUGGCCUGGCCAUGGCGCAGUGACACGCCGGCCGACUUCCCAGCAGCGCCCCCUUGGCAGUAACCCCAAGGGCCGCUAGUAACCGGGGAAGGGAUGUGUUAGGUGUUUACCCCCUCGAAUGCUUCUGUCGGGAGGGGCUUUAGUAUAAUUCUAAGAAGAAAAGGAAAGUAGCUGAGAUUUAUCAGGCCCUGAACAGCGAUCCCAUUGAUGUGGCUGCACUCAGACGAAUGGCGAUCAGUGAAGGGGGUCUCCUGACAGAUGAGAUUCGUUGCAAAGUAUGGCCAAAGCUUCUCAAUGUGAAGACGGAUGAUCUGCCUCCUGCUCCAGGACAGGAGCUGCGGGAGGACAAUGAAGACUACCAGCAGGUGUUACUGGAUGUGAGGCGAUCCCUGCGCCGCUUCCCACCCGGGAUGCCAGAUGAGCAGAGGGAAGGGCUCCAGGAAGAACUGAUUGACAUCAUCCUGCAGGUUUUACAGCGCAACCCCCAGCUGCACUACUACCAGGGCUACCAUGACAUUGUGGUCACUUUUCUGCUGGUCGUGGGGGAGAGACUGGCGACUGCUCUUGUGGAAAAGCUUUCGACCCACCACCUCAGGGAUUUUAUGGACCCAACAAUGGACAACACCAAGCACAUUUUAAAUUACCUGAUGCCCAUUAUAGACCAGGUCAACCCUGAACUCCAUGACUUCAUGCAAAGUGCUGAAGUGGGGACCAUCUUUGCACUCAGUUGGCUGAUCACCUGGUUUGGGCAUGUCCUGGCUGACUUCCGACAUGUGGUGCGAUUGUAUGACUUCUUCCUGGCAUGUCACCCACUGAUGCCCAUUUACUUUGCUGCUGUGAUCGUGUUGUAUCGGGAGCAGGAGGUUCUGGACUGUGAAUGCGACAUGGCCUCUGUCCACCAUCUCUUGUCCCAGAUCCCACAGGACCUUCCCUAUGAGACCCUGAUUAGCAGAGCUGGGGAUCUCUUCGUCCAGUUUCCUCCGUCGGAGCUUGCCAGGAAGGCAGCACAGCAGCGUGCUGAGAGGACCGCUGCUUCCACCUUUAAAGACUUUGAGUUGGCUUCAGCCCAGCAGAGACCAGACACUGUGCUGCGACAGCGCUUCAGGGACCGGCUCCGAGUGGAGGAACGGACAAAAUCCAUCUUGACAAAACCAAGGACCAAUCGCUUUGUCAAGCUGGCAGUGAUGGGGCUGACGGUGGCACUGGGGGCAGCUGCUCUUGCCGUGGUGAAGAGUGCCCUAGAAUGGGCACCCAAGUUUGAACUGCAGAUUUUCCCCUGAUGGAGGGAGAAUGGUGCCCUGCCACUUUAAAGAUCACGUUCUGCCAUGGCA